AUGUUGCGCCAUACUCCUCUUGGCGGCGGUCUUGCCCGUGCUGUGUUGGGCUUAGCAAUGCCUGUGCGCUGCAGGGCGUAUCUCUUAACGCCCGUACGCCACCAGAGCUCAGCAACAGAAUCUAAGGCAGCAGCAUCGACAAAGCAUUCACACCAGCCAAAGAAAAAUGCCAUCCAUGCCAUGAGCACAAACACGGCGGAUGCCUCCGCGUACGUCGGUGGCGAUGACUUUCCAGAUUACUCCUCGAUGCGGCACAUGGGGUACAUGCUGCUGCACAGCCGUCGUGUGUGGGUGCCGGCGUUUAUGGUUGCAACUUACUACGCCGUUGCGCCGCUCCUCCUAACGUCCUGGAUUGCGCAAGGCUUCUACUGGAGUGUGGCUGUGCUGCUGCAGCGACUCAACGUCCGGGGACGCAUGAACACUGUUCGCAAAGAUCUCCACGGUUCCACCUGCGUGGUGACAGGCGGUACCAGCGGAAUUGGUCUGUACACGGCGAUGCAGCUGCUCGAUAUGGGGGCACAUGUUGUCGUCACGGCGCGACCGGGGCGCGAGGAAGCAACGCGGGCGUACAUGAUGGCGCACUGCGAGUGCGCGCGCGGCCCCGACGCGACGGCGCUGCAGGAGCGGCUGACGUUCGUCCCGCUGGACCUGUCGGAUCAGCUCGACGUGAUGGCGUGUGCUGCACGUAUCAAGGGGAAGUUCCAUGACCGCAUCGACCUUCUGGUGAACUGCGGCGGCAUCUGGCGGGAGGAACCGGGCUUGACGAAGCAGGGCUUUGAGGAGCACAUUGGCGUCAACUUCCUCGGUCCCUUCCACCUGACGGAGGCGCUGCUGCCGUCGCUGCGCCGGUCGAAGCGCGGCGGCCGCGUCGUGUAUGUGACGUGCGCGUCACACAACGGCGUGCACCGCGCAAACGUCGUGAAGGAGCGCAUGCUGCUGCAGCCGACAUUUGAGGAGCCGCAGGUGACGGCGCGCUGCUACAGUGCCUCCAAGCUGGGUAACGUGUACCACGCGCAGUCUAUCGCCGAGCGCCGCUACGAGGGCGUCCCGCUCAACACGCCGUCGGAGCUGCGGCCGGUGGACGUCUGCAUCGCCGACCCCGGGUUCUGCGCGACAAAUCUCACGUACCGCGAGGCGCCACCGCUGCUCGGCAUGAGCAUUCUCGCCCGCACGCUGCGCUCACUGUGGAUCAAGGACGGCUACGAGGGCAGCCAGACGGUGGUGAACUGCUGCGUGCGCGAAGACGUGGAGAAUGGUGGCUACUACGCGGAGUGCAUGUUGAUGCCGGGUGGGCUCAGUCGCCGCGCGCACGACCCAAAGAGCCGCAAUGAAGUGGUGCAGUGGGCAAUGGCGAAGACGAUUGCGAAGUACUACACAACGAGGUCAACGGCGGGAGGAGGAAAUGAUGUGAAUACCGCCGCCACUGCUGCGAGGGAGGGGAGCAAAAGCAGCAGUAAGGCGGGUCAGUGA